GUCAUCUCAAAUUGUCAAAAAAAAGCUAGCUACGCAUUGGUUUGCUAGGUGGUGGGAUAAAUGGGUUUUCUUCUAUUUUAUAAAUAAAUAUUUUUACUAUGUUAUUUAUCGCGUUAAAGUAAUCAUUAUCAUUAGCCUGUAUGGCUGAUGUAAAUAAAACAAGACACUCAUGAGGAGAUGUGUGAUAUAACUAUGUUUUUCUUAUAUUGUUUUUAAGUGUUAUCAUUGUUGGCGUCCUUGUUUUUUAUGGUUCAAGUUUACAAAUUAGACGGGACCAUGGCAGCGGGCGAAGUCAAAGUAUCGGUGGUGACUGACCGGGUGCCCAACAUCGUAACAUGUUCUAAAGAUUUGACUGCAGAGGAACUGUGUAUAAUUUUAUGCAAGAAGUAUAAGAUUCCUCCUAUAACACGUACUUUGUUUGCACUGAGAAUUAAAGGCACCAAACACUUCCUCAAAGAUAACGCCAGAGUCCUUUACAGCACCAGAGAUUAUGAACUAAGAAUUCGUUUUAAGGUGCCCAGGCUGGGUUUGCUUAUAACUUUAGAUGAUGCAACUUAUGACUACUACUUCCAACAAGCUCGGAAUGAUGUGAACAAGAACCAGGUUAUGGAGAUCAAAUAUCCGGAGCACAAGCAGGAACUUCUUGGUCUUGGUAUUGCUGAUAUGACCCGUGCGGUGUUAGAAGAGAGUUUACUCGUGAAGAGCGUAGUAAAGAAUUACAAGAAGUAUAUUCCAAAUGUGAUAAUUUCUAAGCACGGAAUGUUCACUAAGAAAUACGCACAGGAAUACCUGCCGCAGUUGUGUUCAGCGGGGCAUGAAGUCAAUCAUCUGAAGAACGUGUACCUCCAGCAGUUGUACGCCUUGGCGCCAAAUUAUUUAGCGGAGGAAUUUGACGAUGUUCUCUGGCAGAAUGGAUCUGAGGAAGCGGUGCCAGUGAGAUUGGUGGUCGCGCCAUUUCACCCGCAGUACCCAGGCAUACGGUUUUACAACACAUUGAAGCGGGAUUGGUUCCAUGUUUGCGCCGUAGAAGAAUUAAUUUAUCUGACGAGGAAGAAGAAUUAUUCCCUAGAAGUGUCAAGAAGAGGCACUCCUAUGUUCUUUACCUUCAAAUCGGAGGACCAACUUUCUACUUUCAUCUCACUUUGUGACGGGUAUUAUAGACUGAUGGUAAAAUGGACGUUCAAUCUAUCGAAAGAUGACGAGACUCCGUCAUUGAUAGAAUUACAUAGAAUAAAAUGCCAUGGACCCGUUGGUGGUGCGUUUUCCUACCGCAAGUUGGAGGAGAAAAGAUCAAAGAAGCACGGUUGUUACAUACUUCGACAGUGUCAGGAAGACUAUAAUAUAUACUACUUGGACGUCUGCACGCAAAACAGUACUACAGAGACAUAUAAAAUAGAGUUCAAAGGCGAUUGUUACGAAUUCAACAAUGAGGAAUACUCCAGCAUUGACAAGAUUGUGAUGAGCCACCAGAACCCACAAGGACGAAUAUUCUUGAAUGAAUGCAUACCUCCCUCCGAAUAUGACAAAUCUCAGUUGCUUCUGUGCGGGGAGUGUCAGAAGAAAGGCGUCAGGGUCGAUCAGGCGGAGCUGCAAGAGAUCCUCAAAGACAACAAGAGUCCCCGGUGUCUACCCAACAAGGACAUACUGUUGUAUACAGGCUCAGAGAAAGUUGGUUCUGAGAAUGUGACGGCCACUUUCAAGGCGCUAUGGAAACUGGAUGAAACCAAGAAACUAGUCGUCGCUUUUAAGUCACUACAGAAAGAAAAGGCUAUGGAUCAUUUGAAGGAUUUCAUCGAGCUAGCGAGCAAGUGGGCGUGUAUUCAGUCGAGUUCAAUAGUCAGACUGUAUGGCGUCACGCUUAGUUCGCCCACUGCUCUGGUCUUGGAGUAUUUGCCGUACGGACCAUUUGACGUGUACCUCAGAGAAAAGAAAAACGCGAUAAAAGAGGUGCACCUAAAGAAGGUAUCGGCGGGACUAGCGCGUGCACUGUGGGAUUUGUCUGAGGCUGGGGUCGUGCAUGGUCACAUCCGCUGCCGACGCCUAUUACUUGCCGCCCACGACGCCGACCGCAUCGUCGUCAAACUCUCUGGACCUACACUUACGCGGUACAACCAGCUCGUCGACGUGCACUGGAUGCCGGUGGAGUUCUUCCCCGACAUGAACAUGGCGAAGCGGUCCGUGGUGGGCGACAUCUGGGCCUUCGCCACGACGCUGUGGGAAGUGUUUUCUUACGGACAGUCCCCAACUGACACCAAUCCACUUAUGACUGCUAAGAGCUACGAGCGCGGCGACAGAUUGCUGCGGCCAGAAGCGUGCCCCGUGGAGGUGUGGCGCAUCGUGUCCGCGUGUUGGCAGCCCGACCCGCCGCGACCGCAGGAGAUCAUGCGAGACAUGAACCACAUGCUGCACAGGGAUGAGCUACCAGACGAUCCAGAUUACGAGGACCCGUUACCGUUUAACCCUGUACCUGAAAUGGACCCAAAUUACAGUGACCAGUUUAUCCCGAGUGAGCCGAGCGAAGACGCCGGGAGCAGCAAGUCGUUAGUGUCUGUCACCAGCAGCGCGCCAUCUACCAACGGCACUGAUUAUAAUUCUUACAACGGCAGUUCGAUGUCUCUGGGGUCAGUGAACCCGCUAGCGACGUUACGUCAAGAGCCGUCUGGCGCGGCGGGCGGCGUACUAGACCCCGACGAUAUAGAGGCCGUGUCCGCGCCGCGGCUUAUGGAGUCUAUUGUCUCACAGGGGAAGACAUACCUCGUCACGUGCUCCAAGAGGAUUGGCAGCGGCAACUACGGUCACGUAUACAAAGGCUGGAUGGAGCGCGACAACCAAGAGUCACAGCGGCGGGAGGUGGCCGUUAAGAAGCUCACGAGACAAGCGGCCGAGCGCAACGGCAGUCUACUCGCCGACUUCAAGAACGAACUCGCUAUCAUGAAGUCGCUGCAGCACGUGAACAUAGUAGAGAUUCUGGGCUACUCGUGCGACGGCAUGGACGUGUUGAUCGUGAUGGAGUACUUGGAGGAGGGCUCGCUCAACUUCUUCCUCAAGCACCAGGGCGACCGACUCAAGACCAACAACCUGCUCAAGUUCGCCAAGGAUAUCGCUAGUGGGAUGGACCACAUAUCCGCGAAGAACAUGGUGCAUCGCGACCUGGCCGCUCGCAAUAUUCUAGUGGUGAACAAACAUCACGUGAAGAUAUCAGAUUUUGGACUAGCGCGGAUCAUACCGCGGGAGGAAGACGAGUACAGACUAAAGACUGACAGGCAUCUGCCUUUUAAAUGGUACGCACCGGAGUCGGCGGUGCCGCCAUUCAACUUCUCGACCAAGAGCGACGUGUGGUCGUACGGCGUGACGGUGUGGGAAAUCUUCACCAAGGGCCACGUCGAAGUGCCGCCCAUGAACAUGAAGACUGUCACUGAUAGAGCCAGCUGCUUUCCAAUCCCCGAGGGUUGUCCAGCGGAGAUCUUCAGGCAUCUGAUGAAGGAUUGUUGGGAGUUGGACCCUAAUCGACGGCCCAAAUUCAUUGACCUCGUACACACAUGCAAACGAUUCAUAGAGGAAUACCGUUAGACUCGAUUGUGUGCCGCAUUGGUCAAGGAUUGGUUAUGAUAUGGUAACUAUAAUACCUAUAUAUUGAGUUACUAUGUAUGAAGUUGUUCCUCAUGUAAGUAGUUAUACUUAUGUUACAUUUGAGGGUGCAAGCAAUACUUAUCGACGAAAUAGCGGCUUGAGGCGGUAGGAAACAUCAAAAAUCAAUGCUACUGAAUUGACGUAAAGGUGUUUAUACCGGCCUAAGUCGAUUUAGUUUCAUUAUGUUUGUCAAGAUCCUAAUUCGGCGCUAAUACAUGGAAUGUAAUGGUUCCUUUGGCACAGAAAGACUUUUUUAUUGAGGUAUACAUUGUUGGUAAUUGGAGUUUUCUACGGUAAACUACAUGAUUGAAAAUUCCAUGGAAUUUAUUUCAUAGUAACAAAUGUAUGCCGUAUGUUUGGAUGCCAUAUUUCAGUGAUGUUCUCACUAGUUGCGACGUUGCACAAACCUGAAUGCUACGUGUAUUUGUAUAUAAUAUUUGUGGUUUUAGUGGUUCCUCGAUGCAUUUGCCUUAGUUUUCUACGUUUGUAAGUUUUAUUGUAAAUAAUUUGUAGUGAAAUACCGUUUUGCCUUUAGUAGUGAGGUGAAAAUUAUGUUGAACUAUCUCAAUCAUGUUUAGUAUAUUAUUUUAUUGUAUUUAUUAAAUUUGUGCAAUCAAUUAGAACUUACAUAUUUUCAGUUGACGGACUUGACUUUUUUAUAUUUUAUAAGUUUUAUGACAAAUAAAAUGCUUGCCGAACAUUACUUGUUCAUCUAUAUAAUUACUUUUUAUAUAUGUGUGUAAAGUCAAUUGUAGAGUAGGCAAAAUAAAAGCGUUUUAAGUAAAUAGGUACUAGUGCCCAUGUAAUUUUCAGUACGCCCAGUUCGUUCAGUACUUGUGACGCUCUGUUAUAAGAGCCACUGUUUUGUCGUUAGCUUUACGACUUUUGAGUUUCUAACUAAAGGUGAAACUCAAAAGUCGUUUUGAGUUAGAUUACUAUCUACUCAAGUUCCAUACGUAGCUCCCUAAAAAAAUUAAAUAUCGUAAACGCUAAAAAUGUGGUUCCUUUUAUAUCGGAAUGUCACAUCCAUUUUUGACUAGUCUAAGUAUAAUGAGAAUAGAAAAAUGAAAUAGAUGAAAAUACUAGACAACGAAUUUUUAAACGAUACCCUCCUAUAAGCCGCUUUAUAUCUUUUGGUACAGAAAUUCACUUUCGCUUUGUAAAUAUGAUAUCGGUAGUUAAAAUGUAUUAUGCUUCCGGAUGUACGGAUAUUUUUUAUCUAUCGUAAUCGGAAUAUUUUCUAAAGGUUUUUACGUAAAGUUUUAGUAAAGUUGAACUAAAUCUCGCUCAAACAGUGUACAGCUCAUCUGAAUGUCUGAAAUAUCACAAGGUGUAAAGCGCCCCUGUAGACAUGUGUCAAGUCAAAAUAUGUACACGCAUUGUCAAACAAACCAAAGAUGAUAUUAAAAUGAUUGCUUGAGAACAAUUUAUUGUAAGAUCAAUUAAUUAUAUUUUUAAUUUUACUUAUACAAAUAAGUUUAGCAAUCACUGUUGUGACAACUUUAGAUUAUGGGAAUGAUCAAUAUAAUUAUUUGUAACUGUAAUCACGAAAAUGUGUAUAAUCGUUGUUCACGUAGAUAUUAUUAAACGAUUUGUAUAAAAAAGUACAUGAGAUUGGCUUUGUUUGUGGUGAUGAUAAUUGGUAUGUGAUCGAACAGACUGAGGAGAUGUAAAUCGGUGCUAAAGAUGAGAUCGGGCCUUAUUUUUCCUGUUAAUUAUUACAAGUGUUUCAUUGCGUAGACAAUAUUGACAACGAAACCAGAGUACAGAGCUUACGUACAGUUAUUAUAAUUAUUCUUUUGAGAUUUUUUGAGAUAUAAAUACCUACGUUGGUACGAAUUGGUAGCUAUUAAUAAUAUUAUGUAGUUGUAUGAACAUCGGAAAGCGAAUUUUAGAUGGGCGAAUAUGAAUGAUUAAUUCGAAUGAUCAUUCGAAUGACCGAUUAUUUGAAUUAUUCGAUCGUAUGAAAGCGCCAUUCGAAUUGGAAUGAAAACUAAACAUUUUGAAUGAUGCAAUUCUUUUUAUAAUAUUAUUUUACGCUAUUCACACUUUUUUAACAUGAAUACCUACUUUGAAAAACAUAAGUAAAUAAGUAUUUUAUUAAGACCAAAAACGCAAAAUGUAUAUGCAUUAUUUAAAUAAAACCAAAACAAAGGAGGUAAUGUCACGUUGCACAAAACAUUCAAAUAAGGAACUAUCAUUCAAAUGAUUAUCUUUCAGUCGAAUGACGAAUGAUUUUUCGGAUACAAUGUACGGAGUCAUUCGAUUUUUGAAACAAUCGACCAUUACUAGACUUAAUAUCAUAUUAGAUGAAUUUCUUAUAAAAUUCCAAUAAGAGAUUGUUAAAGGGUUAAAAAGUUAUUACAAAAUUAUGUAUUGCUGAUAGGCAUUUUAUUAAAUUGAUGGAAUGAAUUGAAUAAUGUUUAUGAAAUGGUGGGAAUUUUAUAGCGAAUGAAUUGUAAAUAAUACUGGAGGAAAUAAGUAUGUAGGUAGGUAUGUACGGUGUAGGUUUAGGUUGAAUGACGUAAAAAUGAGAAAUAAUAAUGAUGAUCAAAAUUAUGAAUGUUCAACUUUAUUUUGAUUUUUUAAACAAAAAGUAGAAGAAUUUACUGACUUGAUUUGCAGACAAAAUUUUGUUUAAAUUUUCUUUUACUUUUUUAGUUUACAAACUUGAUAUAUUUACUCAUACAUUUCAAAUAGAUUAAUUUAUUGUAGGCACCAGAAAAUGUUAUUUACUUAGUCUCAAAUCAAGUAUAAGUAGCAAAUUGCGUAUAAAGGGGUGAAUUUUAUUUUAAUAAAUGCACAAACAUGCUAUACUUAUAUUUAUUAAUUAAAUAUGCACAAUGAAAUAACUGUGAGUGUCCGUUCUAUACAUAGUAAUUUUUUUUACGCUUCUACCUUAAAAUGUUAUCCCCUUUAUACGCAAACCGUUUCACAAGGAAGUCGAUCUGAACCUAAUGGAUGUUGAUGUUAACUGUAAGGCAACCAGUGUUAGACUACUUGUAAAUAAUAGUUACGAUACGUAAGUCAAUUCGUUUUAAUGUAAUCUGAAGACUGGCUAUAUUGCCGUUUCGUAUAAUGUGAAAUAUAACUAUGGUAGAAAGUUUUUAAUUUUCUUAAAAUCAGCUUUAAAUUG